AUGUCAGCCGCCGUAGCAUCUAGCUUCAAGGUCCAUAGGCGGCAGGUCUGGAAUUCUGUCUUUCCGGAACCCUCGAACCCCACCCCCCACGCAACGCCGACCACUAGGUUUCCUGACCAGGGGCAGCCUUUUGGAGGAGUGGUUGGAGGCGGCAGCGUUGGCGCCUCUGCUGCUCUCGCGGGGUCGGAAUCCUUUCCGGGCGCGCUUCACGGCACCAGGGCUCAGAAUCGAGCCGCCGGGAGCCGCAGGUCUCCACGCAGCCCAGCCGUCCCUCUUGGUCUUGGACUUGGCGGCGUCGACCUGGCCGGCCCCGACCUCAGGAGCGCCGCCGACGAUCAGAUCACCUACGAUCGGGCCUGGCACGUGGUGACCUCCCGCGUGGCCCUGCCCUCCACCGUGACAGCCGAGGAUUCAUUCGGUACCUUGCUCCCGGAAUCACAGCUGCUGUCGUCCCAGGAUGCCAACUCCGAGGCCGAGUUCCAGGCCGCCCUCCGGAUGAUCCUCGACGCCAAGGCCUGCCUUCCGCUCGCGAAUCACACCGAGGACAUACUGCUGUGGCACUCACAGCAGGUUCGUCAGCACUUCGCACAGCAUGUCAUCCCGAUGCUGUCCGCCUGCGCUGCGCAGGAUGCUCUUGGGCAAGGUCACAAGAUGCGCGGCUCGGUCUUUGACCAGCACAUGAACGCCGUCAUGAAUAGCGUCCGGACACUGGAGGCUGCUUUCCGGCAGUAUGACUACGGCCUGGCUCUCAUUCUCAGGGGCUAUAACGACCUAGGCUCGCGGCGGGAUCAAGAGGGACAAGGGAUGGACGUGGAUAUGGAAGACGCAUCAGAAGGUGUCGAGGUGCUCGCCAGACGUUUCCGCAAGGACGUGCGCUCUCUGGUGGGGAACUCGGUCCCACAGGAUCUCAUCACAUCGCUGCGUGUAGUUUUGACCUCGCUUGUCAGCCGCAUACUUGGAGUUGCCGUGGCAGAAAGCGAUGGUGAUGGCGCAAAGCCACCCGCUUCUGGACCCGGGAGGCCAGGACGGCCGGCGGCCUCCUCCCGACGACCCGCUGCGCCUAGAGACGACGACUUGGAACCUAUGGCGGCGAGGAAGCGUCUGCAUGAGCUUGUCGGAUCGCUUGCCACCGUGGGCCUGACGGGAGAGCAGACGCAUGUUUUGUUUGCUGAAGUCAUGGACCAGCUCAUGUCGGACUUUAUAUCUGGCGCUUUCGCCGGCACGUGGAUGUCAGAGGACGCCCCGGAUGAGCAGGAGCAUAGGCGCCGUGGCUAUCGAACCGCUGCUGGACUCGCCGAGAAGAACUCUACAUGUACUGCCAUUCUGGGACACUGGGUGGAGCAUCACUUUGCACGUCUUGCCCUGGAGGCCUUGCGCUUGAUGGCUGAUGAAGAAGGUGACGAGGAAGGUCCCAACCAGCCAACUCACGGACCAUGCAUCUCAUUCACCGACGUCGCCAAGUGGAAAGAAAUCGCCUUUGGCCGUCUCGCGGCUCUAAGAAUCUCGGAACUAUUUGACAUUGUCCUUCACUGGCCUAAGAGCAAGAGUGGUCUGGACGAUCUACGUUCCAGCGUUGCAACGCCCCAGCGAAGGCUGCAGCUGAGCGAGUCCUUUGCUGCGGCCCUACAUGCCAGGCUGCUACAUUCGUCACGUUCCACGCUUGAGAUUCUGCGAGUCUACAUCGCCAUGAUUCGUACUUUCCACAUACUGGAUCACUCCAAGGUCCUCUUGGGACGCGUGGUUCCGUCUCUUCAGCUGUACCUGUGUCAACGCGAGGACGCGAUCCGUCUUGUGGUUACUGGCCUCCUGGCGAAUCCGGACGAGAUUAACGAGAAAGAAGAAUUUGGUACCACCGCCGGCUCCGGCCCAUUCAGCAAGGAUACCAGUAUUAUAGUGGGCGCCAAAGCAACCAGCCUUGUGGAGUUGGCUACGUUGCUAAACGACCCGGCUCAGCAGAGACGACGACGUUUUGAGGAUGACGACAUUGACUGGAAUGACAUGGACUGGGUGCCGGACCCCGUUGACGCGGGAGUCAACUACAAACGACCAAAGUCAGAGGAUGUCAUAGGCACUCUGAUCAGUGCCCUGGGCGCCGAGGAUGUCUUUAUCAGCGAAUUUCAAAACAUCAUCGCUGAACGGCUCUUGUCGUCCCAGGAAAAGUUUGAUCAGGAAAUCAAGGUUUUGCAGCUGCUGAAGAAGCGGUUCGGCGAAAGUGCGCUGCAGAGCUGCGAUGUCAUGAUAAAGGACAUCAAGGACUCUGGCCGAUUGGAUCCAUAUGUCCGCCGAACACAGUUCGUCGCCCAGUUUAGGACGCCGAGAGCGAACGAUGCGGCCGCUCAGGAGCCGGCCGAACUUCGCUACACGGCUCGCAUCCUCUCCCGGCUGUUCUGGCCCACCAUGAACAAGGAACACUUCCUACUCCCACAACCAAUCUUGGACAAGCAGAAGCAGUACGAGAAAGGCUACGAACAGAUCAAAUCCUCACGCCGUCUCACAUGGCUCAACCACCUUGGGCAAGCAACGGUCGAGUUAGAGUUGCAGGACCGCAGCGUGUCGGUGGCGUGCAGGACUUGGGAGGCCACAGUCAUCUACGCGUUUCAGGAAGGCGAGGGCGAUGGGAGAGAGGUCCGCAAGUCGGUCGAGGAGCUCUACAUGACGCUACAAAUGGACGAGGACCUGAUUAUACAGGCACUCGAAUUUUGGGUGGAGAAGCGCGUUCUCAAACGGGUCGGCGACGACAUCUUUGCCGUCAUGGAGACGCUUCCGGCCUCGGGAGAACAGCGGGACGACGAAAGCGGAUCAGGUGCGGCAGCAACGGAAGGGCAAUCGCCCGGGGCCGAGCAGACGCCGGCCGAGGCGGCGGCGGCGGCUGCGAUGCGCAGGAACCGUGCGGGGACGACAUCGGUCGACGCCAAGGCGCAGCAGCAACAGACGGUCUAUUGGCAGUUCAUCGUCGGCAUGUUGACCAACUCGGCGGCGUCGAUGCCGCUGGCUCAGAUCUCCAUGAUGAUGAAGAUGAUGAUGGCAGGAGGUUUCCCUUGGAGCAACGAGGAGCUGCAAGAGUUUCUGGCGCAGAAGGUGGCCGAGGGCCACUUGGAAGUCGUUGGCGGCAAGUACAAGCUUGUCAAGAAGUAG